AUGUCUCUCAUCGACUCCAACGAAGCUCCGCAAUCAGCUGACGUAGUCAAUAUGGAUCCAGAGGGCACAACAAAGCGCACCACAAACAAUGUUUGCGAAACAUGUGACCGAUCAUUUUCAAGGCACGAGCAUCUCGUUCGACAUGGAAGAACCCAUACGAGCGAGAGGCCGUUCUCUUGUCCCCAUUGCGAAGUGACCUUUCCUCGCUCAGAUAUCAAGGCGAAACACAUGAAAAGAUUUCAUUCCGUUCAAGCAUCAGGAGAGUCGGAGCCUUCGGCGAAAAGGUUGAAAUCCCUUCGGCUUGAAAGAUCCAAAAUCGCUUGUGACGAGUGCCGAAAGCGAAAGCUCAAAUGCGACGACCGGCUUCCCUGCCAAUCGUGUGUCACGAAGAAACUGCCUUGCACCAUCUCCGCGAACAGCAAGAGACCUGGUAGACCCAGAACUCUGGCGGCACCUUCUUCCCUUGUUGACAAUGUCCUGUUGGACAGCAUGUUUGACGCGAUGGGGACUUCGGGACCUUCGCAGUCAUGGAAUCAUGUUGAAUCGAGAGCCAGCGACAGCAUCCCGGUAUCGACAACUGCAAACGAUGACAUAUCCAAUUUGCAGAAUCGCCCAGCCCCUUUUGUCUCGCAAGCGGCUGCAAUAACGAAUAGUGAGCAACAGCCAGGUCAUGGAUCAACAAAUCCGGAUAAUGCCACCCUCGCCACCAUCCAAGACCCAUUGCUGACCGAUAGCAAUUUUUUGUUCGAAGGAAACAUGUAUGUUGACCAUGAUUUGGGCGACAUCAUGGAGUCGAACUGGCCGCUCCCGCCAUUGGGUGUGGAAAAUUGGUUGGACGACCUGGACAAUGUUACCUUCGACGACGGAAUAUGGCUCCAAGCUCUUCCGGCUCUUGGGAUUGACAAAGUCUCUCACAUGGAUGAUGCUAUCACCAUAAUGAGGGACCACUUCCAGCAGCGCUCGGGAAGAUCAAGUCCCAACAGACAAUCAUGGUAUUCGGCACCACCACGCUUGCAGAUAUACGACAAAGAUGUAUUGAACAUUUUACUCAACCUUGCGCAAAGAAAUUUGUCGAGCACUUUCAAAGUUUUCUCAAACUUCGAAUAUAAUGGCGACACGAAUUACGAAUUAUGUCUCGCAAUGGCUGCCGUUGGGGGGCUAUUUUCCACAACGGAUGGAAGCACGGCUGUGGCAAAAUCGUUAUAUAAUGACGCCAGGAGAAAACAUUUCGAAAAGUUGUUUCGAAAAGAGCCUUCUUCUUCGUUUGAAUCCUCCCUCACCUCCGUCAAAACAGCUCUUCUUCUCGAGAUAUAUGGACUAUGUAGUGGAGACAAGAGAAGCUGCGAGUUUGUAGAAGUCUUUCACUACAACAUGUUAGAAGCGAUGGCGUUGGCAUCACGCCUGCUGUCAAGAGCUCCGCAAUCGGAGGUGCACAAUCGUCUUGAGCUAUCCUUAGUUUCUGAGGCAUUGGAGGUCCUCGAGAGCUACCGUGUGCUCCUUUUACUACUUCCACCAUGCUUUCCUGAGAUUUUUGAGCCGAGUACAGCACCAGGCUACGACUCGUGCCGGGGCCCGAGCUCCUCAUCAACUAGUUUAGCUGCGUUGAUGACUCCCAACGCGCAGGUCGAUCCAUCUUGCGCUAAUCUGCAAAAUCUUGCGUCAGUCAGCAAGUACUUUUGGAUGUCCAGCCCGCGAGGACAUGAGUAUGCACGAAAACAGCGAUUAUGGAGCCCUGAGUUUGUCGAACUUUCUUUGGAGCGGUGGAUGAAUUCGGAUAGAAAAUACGUGACCGAUCCGCAGACUUUGGACAUCUCCCAGGCUCUUCUCUACCAUUUGGGCUGCAUAAACAGCUAUAUGAAUCUUGGAAUGAUACUUCGCUACUCCCACGAGUUCACCAAGCGGUCGAAAAUUGCACGUGACAGUAACUUUGUUGACGCUAUCCAUCAUUGUAUUGCCGGGCCAGAUUUCAAAGUCGCUCGUUGGCAUGCUGAGAUUAUGCUCCAACUCAUCAAAAAGGCCAUGUCGAUACCUUAUCAUCUCAAUCAAUUGACCAAGGAAAGACAGCGUAUGGUCGAACCCCCUCAUCUUCCGUACUGUAUAUACUUUGCGACCUUGAUACUUUGGUGUGAGGAAGCUGAAGCUUCUGGCGGUCACUCAAGCAAAGAAAGCUGUAUUGAAAAUGGUAUACAGCUAUUGGGCUCACUCAAGGUCCGUGUAUCUAGAGUAUUGGGAGGUGCUCUGUACGAAGUUUUAUCAGAAGGGCAACGAUCAUCAGGUUGA